CAAACACAAAAGGAGACCCUUGUCAUUCAGGCCGCAAUGGAAUAGUAAAGCUUGAUUUGUGAGGUGCGUUGUGUGUGGUUUUCUGUUUCCCCACCUUACCAUCAUCUAGAGUUUCCAGAAAUUAAUAAUUCAAGGAUCGCGGGUUACCGGAGUGCCACUUGAUAGCCUCGGAAAGAAAAAAAAAAUUCAAGCUGGAGAUCAGGUGAAACGAUACUUCAUGCCUCAUCUACUUUUUUUCUCUGUUUUCUUUUGAUCUAAGUGUAACAGAAGACUUGAAAGAAAACACCAUUUUUUUUCCUCUUUAAAGCUAUAUUCCUCUUUCCUCUUCAAUGCCUGUUUCGAGCAAGCACUCAAGUAUUGGGCGCUCUCAGAGCUGGGACGCAGCUGGAUGGUAUGAGGGAAACUGGGACACUGAAAGUGGCUACGAUUACCACCCCAGGUUGCCCGGACGAAGGAGCUCAUUGACAUACGGGGCAGAUGGGAGAAGUGGAGGCGGAAGCUGGUACGAGCCACCGCUGGGAGUAGAGCCGAGUGACCUUGAGCUGAAACGAGAACCUUAUUCCUAUCACGAGGCCUUGUAUGACCAAAACUACCCUGACCGGUAUGAUCGUCGGCCCAUAAAGAAGAGCUCAGUCCCAGAUCUGAACAGCCAUUACGAGAGGCAAGCAGCUGCUGCAGCAACCGGUGCCAUGAUAGGAAGGGGCUCAUUGCCUCCUCAGGAUUACUAUCACCAUGAACCUGCAUUAGCAACGCAUCCACCUGAUGAUCCCAGAGGCUUUUAUAGGGGAGAGCAGCACCUGCUUAACAGAUCAGCUUCUCAUUAUGGGAUGACUAGUGGAAGUCGGCUAGCUUGGGAUCAAGGGCAAGCCAGGCCGCCCCCUCCCCCAUCUGCUCAUGAGAUGAGCCGGGCAUACAGGGAUCCGACUCUCUCAAAGAUGAUACCAGACAGCCAGCGUCUACGUAGCAGGGAUCCUUCUCCUUCCCAGUACAGGGCCGAGUCACUCACACCAAGGUACGGGGCUGAACCCCAUCCACUGAACAGCCGUUCCAUCUACAACGAUAUUAACGGACAACCAGUGGAUCCCAGGCAAACCACAGCCACCUGCUUAGUGGUUGAUCCAGCCGCACAAGUUAUGGGUACAAAUCCAGCAAACCAUCUACGUGGUCUGAGGCUAGGGGGUCCUAAUUCCUUUACCUCUGGACCAGGGCAGAAAAUGGUAUAUGAUAACUAUGACAAUAUUGCAACUACAAAUGCUAAUCCUUCAGGCUUGCCUCAUCAUCCACCUCCAACAUUGUCCUUGGUGGACUUAAAGAAGAAUGUGGAUCUAGACUUUCUGGCUGUGCUGAGGGCUGAGGGCCUGUCUGACAGCACCAUCACAGCCCUUUUGCAACAGGGCUUUGAUUCUCCCAAUUUGAUGGCUGUCAUGGAGGACAAUGACAUCCGCUCAGUGGCUCCCAACCUUGGUCAGGCUCGUGUGCUUUCCAGAGUAACCUUAAACUGCAAGAUGGAACUUCAAAGGCAGCAUGAGGCACCAGUUAGUGGGCAGCGUCUACGAACCCGGUCCAAUAGCUUUAGCCAUCGUAAUGACCUCUAUCAGCAGCAACAAUUGCCUACUGUGGAUGGUAGUACCCUGCAACAGCCACCUCUCUCCCUUUCUCACAUUUCUCCAAUGGGCAGGAGGCCUUCUAGUGCUCCAUCACAACACCUCCUGGAAACAACUACUUAUGCAGGCCCUGGAAUGGGAGGACGCCCCCCCACAGGCUUCUCAACAAGUCCUGGUGGCUACAGCACCUCUGCACCUCCAAGCCGCCCAAUGUCAGCCUACUCCACCCACUCAGGAGUUCCCAUGAAUGCAGUUCAGCAGCAGACCAGUCACCUCAGCUCAACACCAAGGACAGCAUACUCUACUAACUACACUGUCCCUAUGGAGCUAAUGAAAAGAGACCGCAGUCAGCUCCCAAUGUCACCCAUGCACAGCCCUCAUGGCAGUCCACAGUUGCUUCGCAAGGGCGGCCUUCAACAGGAGAACGCAAUGAUGGCUACCAGCUCCACCCUCCAGGUGCAAAACAUCAAUGUCUCUCAGCAGAAGCUCACUAGACGCACAGGACCCCCCAUCAUCGUUUCAACCAUGGCUUCGCCUGAUUCAAGCAUCCGUCCUCAGAUCAUGAAUGGACCCAUGCACCCUCGUCCAUUAGUAGCACUACUCGAUGGGAGGGAUUGUACGGUAGAGAUGCCCAUCCUUAAGGAUUUGGCCACGGUGGCAUUUUGUGAUGCACAAUCUACACAGGAGAUACAUGAAAAGGUGCUGAAUGAAGCUGUAGGAGCCAUGAUGUAUCAUACCAUUACUCUAACUCGAGAGGAUCUGGAGAAAUUCAAGGCACUAAGAGUCAUCAUCCGAAUAGGUAGUGGCUAUGACAACAUUGACAUCAAAGCAGCAGGAGAAUUAGGUAUCGCGGUAUGCAAUAUCCCAUCAGCAGCGGUGGAAGAAACUGCUGAUUCAACAAUGUGCCACAUCUUAAACUUAUACCGGCGAAACACCUGGCUGUAUCAGGCAUUGCGGGAAGGAACUCGAGUGCAGAGUGUUGAGCAAAUCCGGGAAGUGGCAUCUGGUGCAGCCCGUAUACGUGGAGAGACCCUGGGAUUAAUUGGCUUUGGUCGCACUGGGCAAGCAGUUGCAGUUAGAGCCAAGGUGUUUGGCUUCAAUGUAAUCUUCUAUGAUCCCUAUUUGCAAGAUGGCCUGGAGCGAUCCCUGGGAGUUCAGCGGGUCUACACUCUACAGGACCUACUUUAUCAGAGUGACUGCGUCUCACUGCACUGCAAUCUCAAUGAGCACAACCAUCACUUAAUCAACGACUUCACUAUCAAACAGAUGAGACAAGGUGCUUUCCUGGUGAACUCUGCACGAGGAGGGCUUGUGGAUGAGAAGGCCUUGGCCCAGGCUUUGAAAGAAGGAAGGAUACGUGGAGCAGCACUAGACGUGCAUGAAACUGAACCUUUUAGCUUUGCCCAAGGACCCCUGAAAGAUGCUCCUAAUUUAAUUUGUACACCGCACACUGCCUGGUAUAGUGAGCAGGCAUCACUGGAAAUGAGAGAAGCCGCCGCCACAGAGAUCAGGAGAGCCAUCACUGGUCGAAUCCCAGACAGUCUCAGAAACUGCGUCAACAAAGAAUUCUUUGUCACCACUACACCGUGGUCAGUGAUGGAUCAGCAAGUUGUUCAUCCAGAGCUCAAUGGGGCCGCUUACAGGUACCCACCUGGAGUGGUAGGAGUGGCACCUGGGGGAAUUCCAGGGGCAAUAGAAGGCAUGGUACCUGGGGGAGUGCCCGUCCCUCACAGCCUGCCAACUGUUACACACCCCUCUCAGACUCCAUCACCGAACCAGCCGGCAAAACACGGGGACAACAGAGAGCAUCUGACUGAGCAAUAGCAGCCGAAGUGAGCCAGUGACAUGAGUGGGACCAAACAGACGUUAAACACAUCCGUCAACAUACACACAACUGGGAGCAGCAAUGUGAAUUUGUACUUUUUCUUUGUUGCAUAUCAGUUUGUUUUUUUAACAACUAAAUGCCAGUUUUUUUGGACGUUUCUUUUUUGGAUGUCCAGUGUUACCUUUACACACACUAAAAAAGCAAAGAUACACAAGCUGUGAUGGAAGAACUUGCUUCCAGAACUCGGGCGAAUGUUGACAAUAUUGCUGUGGGUUCUUUUGAUUUCUAAUCAACCUUUUCCCGGUCCUCAUGUUAGUUAAUGUGUUUUGCAUUUUUCAUUAACUUUUUAUUAACAAAACAGAAAGAAACAGACAAGAGUGUUUCUUUUGUUUCCUCCCAAAAACAAAGAGAUCAGACAUCUGGGAAAAGAACAAAAUAUACUCCGAAUCCAGUGCAGCAACAGUUGACCACCUGACCUUUGACUCUUUCCUGACCAUCCUUGCCAAGUGUGAACCAAAAACUUCAGCAGGAUGUAUCGUCCCUUAAGUAGGAGAGUGUGAGGGGUUGUGUUUGUGUGUGUGUGUGUGUGUGUGUCUGUGUGUUUUCAAAUACCAUUUAUGAGAACAACAUGACGUGUUUUAGCACAAAUGACGUGGAUCCUCGAUUGGAUGCUAGGGGAGGCCCUUAUCAAUAAAAGCUGAAUUAGUUUAUUUAAAAACGAAAAGGAGGUUAGUCAUUCCAAUGGUAGAAAGCAUCACUCCAGCAAUCCGGGAGAUCUAAGAUGGACUUGAGCUCCUGUUGGUCACAGUAACAAAAUAAAAGACAAGCAGACAAACAGUAGAGGCCUUCCAGUGGAAUGGAACACACCUUUGAUGAGGACACGUUAUUGCCAAAAGCGGACAGAUAUGGGAUCAAGUCUAACUACAGGACUGCUUACGUUAUACUUCAUAUUAAUAUGUGGAACAUCUGGGCUGGAAAGGGUCAGACCCAACUGGAUUUCUUCUUGACUCAGGAAACCACUUUUUGCAGAUAUUCUCUUCCCCUGACAUUUGUCUGAACAAGAUAAACACAAAUAAUAAUGAUGAAGAAAAAAGACAAAAAACAGGUUCAGAAUCCUCACCUUUGUUUCUUCAUUGUAAUAUUUUUUAUAUUAAAAAAAAAAACAUCCUGUGUUAGAUGUUAAAAGAGUUUUGGAGAGUCCUGUUAGAUUUGUAUUACCUAGUUAAAUGUUCUUAUACUCAGUCUUCUGUGAAACAUUCUUUUUGUUUUUAUUUUUCCUUUCUCUUUUUUUCCUUCAUUUUGUUUUAUCUCCGGCCAGCGUGGCCCGUGGGCACAAAUCAGUGUAUACUCGGAGAAAGCAGCGCCAUCAGUGUGUGCCCCACCAAUAGCAAGCAGCAGCUGCCAGCAGUACGUUUGGUUUUAUUCGUGAGUAUUUGUGUUUGUUUAUUGUACAAGGUGGACAUUUAGCAUCCAGUGCAGUUCCAAUAAAAAAAAAAGAAAAAAAACUACAAUUCUAAAAUCAACUGGUUUUCUCUUCAAACAAAGAUUUGUUCCUGUCUGCCUUAUUUCUUUACAAGUUUUGGGGAUUUACCACCUCUGCUUGGCAUCGCCCAGUUUGUACCAAUUUCCUACUUCUUUUUUCAGGUCAUAUCUUUUUGCCAUACUAAUGGAACAGAUUGUGAGACAUUUUAGUUUUCCACAUAAUUACUGAUUUCUGCUGCUACUGCAAUCUCAUUGGAGGGCACCCUAAAGCAGACGACUGUCCUAUCAGACCACCUCUGAACAAACAUUUCUGCUGUUAUUUUUAUUCCACAUGGUCAAGUGUAAUAAAACUCUCUGGAUGUCA